AUGUCUGCCGAACCAAAAAAGCUCGAGGUCCCUGCGACCACAGAUCGCCCCGAGUCUACAACUUCAACACUUCGAGGAGAGGAUGUUCAGGAGAAGAAGGAGGGGAAACAGGAUGAAGAUGUUGAGGCCGGCACAGUCUCAGGUAACAACGACAGUGAUGAGGUUGACGAAGAUGAAUAUCCUACCGGCAUUAACAUGUUCUUCAUUGUUCUUGCUCUUGUCAUGGCAGUAUUUCUCUUCUCCCUUGACUUGACUAUUGUGGCAACGGCUAUUCCCAAGAUCACUGAUGAGUUCAAGGGUCUUGACAAGGUCGGAUGGUAUGGUGCUGCUUUCUUCAUGACUGUCGGUGCUUUCCAGUCAACUUGGGGUAAAAUCUACAAGUACUUCCCCCUGAAGACAUCCUUCAUCGUCGCCAUUCUCAUCUUCGAGCUCGGUUCUGUCAUCUGCGGUGCCGCUCCCAAUGCCGAAGCCCUCAUCACUGGUCGAGCCAUCGCCGGCGUUGGCGGUGCUGGUCUAGGUGCUGGCGCUUACACCAUCAUCGGUUUCUCUGCUCCUCCUAAGAAGCGACCUGCUUUCACUGGUAUCAUUGGUGCCGCCUACGGUAUCGCUAGUGUCAUCGGACCUCUCCUUGGUGGUGCCUUCACUGAUCACGUCUCUUGGCGAUGGUGUUUCUACAUCAACCUCCCCAUCGGAGGACUCUCUGCCGGCAUCAUCUUCUUGUUCUUCAAGACUCCCCGUGCUGCUAUUCCCGUCAAGGCCCCUCUUCUUGAGAAGUUCCUUCAGAUGGACCCCCUUGGAAUUGUUCUGAUGAUGGGCCUCACCAUCUCGUAUAUUCUCGCUGUUCAGUACGGAGGACAGGCUCACGCUUGGGACUCCUCUGUUGUUAUCGGUCUGCUCGUUGGAUGGGUCGCCAUCUCCAUCGUCUGGGCCAUCUCCUGUUAUGUUCAGGGUGAGCGAUCCAUGAUUCCUGUCCGCAUCCUCAAGAACCGCACCGUCUGGGUUAUGAGCGCCUUUGCUUUCAUCUUUGCCGGUUCUUUCUUCCUCGCCAUCUACUACAUCCCCAUCUACUUCCAGUCUGUUCACAACGCUUCUCCUACCAGCAGUGGUGUUCGUAACUUGCCUCUUAUUCUCGCGGUCACUUUCGCCACUAUUAUCAGUGGAGGUCUUGUUACUGCUACUGGCUUCUACCAGCCUCUCCUCAUCGGCGGUGCUGCCCUUGCGACUGUUGGUGCUGGUCUGUUGUACCUCCUUGAUGUUGACACUUCUACUGGAAAGUGGAUUGGCUACCAAAUCAUUGCUGGUGUCGGCUGGGGUGUUGCCUUCCAGAUUCCCAUGAUUGCUGUCCAGGGUACUGUUGACCCCAAGGAUCUUGCUUCUGCUACCGGUAUUCUUCUAUUCUUCCAGGGUCUUGGCGGUGCCUAUAUCGUCUCUGCGGGGCAGGCUGCCUUUGUCAACCAGAUGCUCCUCAAUAUUGGCGAGAAUGCUCCUCAAAUCAGCAAGGGACGAUUGAUUCUCACUGGAGCUACCGCUCUUCGUGAAUCCUUCAAUUCUCAAGAACUUCCUAUCGUCAUUGACGGUUACAUGAAGGGCUUACAUAUCGUCUUCGCCAUGGCUAUUGCCUUUACUGGCUUCUCAUUCUUGAUCAGCUUGCUCACUCGCUGGAACAAGCUUAAGCUUGAGAACCUUACUGGCGGUGCCGCUUAGAAUUCCCCUCCCUUUGAAGUUUCAUUGAUGUGAUAGAAUCGUGGGUAUGGAGGGUAUAAGUUUGAGAAGACCGCCUUACGGGUCGUGAUGGACAAUGAAUGCCCAAGUUGAGCCUUGGAUUUCAACACAUAGAAUGGUGGCCAGGUUAUGAUCGGAGCCAAGACAAUCUCCUAUUUUAGACGUCUCAAUAAUAUAGAUAAUGUUUUACUUA